AUGACCAAAGACCACAAACCCGUCGUCGUCUCGGACAUCGAGGAGGCGCUUCCUCAGACCACCGCCCUCGCUACCGAUGUCUACGAUAGCAAGGGCUCGACCGACCACCUCGAGAAGCUGGCGGUCGAGGAUGAGGAUCCAAACUCCCCUUUCAACAUCCUCCAGAGGUACCCACUUCUCCGCGACCGCUCGGAGAAGGACCUCGACCUUCUCAACCGCAGGGUCCGGCGCAGAAUUGACCUUCGGAUGAUGCCCACCAUCACCCUCUGCCUCAUGAUCAACUACCUCGACCGGUCCAACGUCACCAACGCUCGUGUCGCCGGUAUGCAGCGCGACAUGGGGAUGAACGAUGUCCAAUGGUCCCUCGGUAUCUCGCUCUUCUACGUCGGUUACAUGCUUACUCAACUCCCCGGUGCUCUCCUUCUCGCCAAGUACAGGCCUCGUAUCGUCAUCCCUCUUGUCAUGCUCGGCUGGUCUAUCCCUACCAUCCUCUUCCCCUUUGUCCGCUCGCCCGCCGGUUUCGCUGUCGCCCGCUUUGCUGUCGGUUUCGCUGAAGGUCCCUUCUUCCCCGCCGUCGCUCUCAUGACCUCGUCCUGGUACGUCAAGGAGGAACUCCCCUUCCGCAUGGCUGUCUGGCACGGUGCCCAGACCCUCUCGAACGUCUUUGGUGGUCCCUUUGCGGCUGCCAUCUUGGAGAACAUGGACGGUAUCCGCGGCAUGCACGCUUGGGAGUGGUUCAUGAUCAUCGAAGGUGCCGUCUCUAUCAUUGUCGCCCUUGCCGCUGGCUUCCUCCUUCCCAACUGGGCGCACAACACCCCUUGGCUCACCCCCGAGGAGACCGAGAUGGCGCAGUACCGACUCGUCCUGUCUGCCGGUGGUGAGGACGACAGUAAGAAGGACAUGGGUAUGUGGGCUGGAGCCAAGCUCGGUGCCAAGGACCCAAUCACAUGGUUGUUUAUGGCUCUCCACUUCUGGUUGCUCUGCGCUCAGUCAUUCAAGGACUUCUUGCCUUCCAUCCUCCGCGCCAUGUCCACCUCCAACCUCAUGACUUACCUCCUCCAAUCCCCCUGCUACCUCCUCGGCUACCUCGCCAUCCUCUUCUUUGGAUGGACAUCCGGUAAAUUCAAGGAUUCAGUAUGGCACUCGAUCGGCCCCAUCCUCCUCUCUGCCGCGGGCACCGUCAUGCUCAUCACCUCGCUCAACAUCGGUGUCCGCUACACCGGUGUCUGCUUCCUCAUCAUGGGUGUCUUCUCGGGCCUCAACAUUCAGAUCUCAUGGAUGACCCAACUCGUCCCCGGUCCCCGUCACAAAAAGGCCGCCAUGAUCGCUAUCGCCAACACCUUUGGCUCGGCAUCCCACUGGUUCACCCCGUACUUCUUCCUCACCAACCAGGCGCCCAAGUACCAGUUCGGAGGCGGUCUCAUCCUCGUCUCGAUCGGUCUCACCAUCCUCACCGUGCUCGCGACGUGGUGGUAUGUCGUCAGGCUCAACAAGAAGCUGGACGCCAACGAGGAUGGCGUCAAUGUCGAUAGGGUCGACAGGGGCUUGCCCCCGCUCGAGAAGGGCUGGAGGUACCCGUUGUAA